AUGGCUAUUCGUUGCAAUAUUCUGAUAUAUGGCGGCGGUGGUGAGGAGUUUCCAUACGUCGGAUCAAGAGAGAAGCUGACAAUCUCUCCAACAGCCGUCGGCUCCGUCAUAGGGUGGAGACUUGCGCAACAGGCCUCAAAUCACGUAUCAGUCGUCUGUCGUUCCAACUAUGAAACUGUCAAGAGGUCUGGAUACUUGAUACGAUCGACUAUUUGGGGUCAUGGUCGCUUCUUACCUAGGCAGGUCUGCCAUGUAGACACCUUUGGCGAGACACUCUUCUCGAAGCCAGUCGACUAUAUUAUCUGCACCAACAAAGUCCUGGAUGACUGGUCCACCAUUUCAAGGAAUCUGAGACCACUCGUAAAACCAGGCACGACGAUUGUGUCCGCACAAAACGGCAUGAAUGUCGAAGCGCCGCUAAUCGAGGCAUUUCCAGACAACACUGUCCUCGCAAUGCUGGUCAACACUAACUGCACUCAACUUCGCGCAGGCUUCGUUGACCAGGCAGCUGGUAUAAACAAAUCCCCAUUCCUCGUUGGCAUCACCGGGCGGAGUGGACAAGGCCAUCGGGCAGACAGUGCCCGACGCGAUUUUCUUGCUGCAAUGGAUCCUUGUAUCAAGAGCAUAGAGAGCGUAUACAAGGAGCGAUGGAAGAAGUUGAUCUUCAACAAUGCAUGGAACUCUACUACUGCGGUCUCUGGUCUCAAUACUCACCAGCUUCUCGAAAUCCCCGCUGCGAUAGAAGUCGUUCUGGAGCUUGCAGAAGAAGCAUUCAAUGUUGCUCUGGUAAGCGGUAUCGAUAUUGAAGAAGACUUUCCAUUCCAAGUGGUCGAUGUUGCAAGGAAGACCGCACCGAUUGUACCUUCCACAUUACAGGAUGCUCGCAAGAGACGCCCGAUUGAGCUGUCUCCAGUGUUCGCAUCACCGCUUUUGCUGUGA